AUGGGCGUGGCGGAGAAGAUCAAAGAGGUCGAGGCCGAGAUGGCCCGCACGCAGAAGAACAAGGCGACAGAGUACCAUAUUGGUUUGCUGCGUGCGAAGUUGGCCAAAUUGCGCAUGCAGCUUCUGGAACCGGAUAAAAAGAGCGGCAAGUCGGGUGAGGGCUUUGAUGUGAUGAAGUCGGGCAAUGCGCGUGUCGUGCUGAUCGGAUUUCCUUCGGUGGGCAAGUCGACGCUUUUGUCAACUAUCACAGAGACGGAGAGUGCGACUGCAGCCUAUGAAUACACAACGUUGACGGCGAUCCCGGGUGUGCUUGAGUACGAAGGUGCGCGGAUCCAACUUCUCGACCUGCCAGGUAUUAUCGAGGGCGCUGCACAGGGACGUGGACGUGGACGACAGGUGGUGAGUGUGGCCAAGACGGCUGAUCUGGUCAUGAUGAUGCUGGAUGCGACCAAGUCUGCGCAGCAGCGCCCGCUUCUCGAGAAGGAGCUGGACGAUGUCGGCAUUCGUCUGAAUCAGACCAAGCCCGAUGUGGUUCUCAAGAAAAAGUCUGGUGGUGGCAUCGUCGUGACGAAGGCCAUGGGUCUGACGCUGACCAAGAUUGAUGAGAAGAUGAUCCGCUCCAUCCUGCAGGGCUACAAGAUUCAUAACUGUGAUGUCAUGAUCCGCGAAGACAUCACUGUUGACCAGUUUAUUGACGUGCUGCUGGGCAACCGUAAGUAUGUGCCGUGCUUGUAUGUCUACAACAAGAUCGACGGGAUUAGUAUGGAGGAAAUGGACCGCCUCGCUAAUGAGCCGCACAGCGCUGUCAUCAGCUGUAACCUGAACCUGAACCUCGACUACCUCGUCGAGCGGAUCUGGGACGAGCUGAACCUGAACCGGGUAUAUACCAAGAAGCGUGGCGAGCAUCCUGACCUCGCGGACCCCAUUGUAGUCCGCCGCGGUGCUACGAUUGAACACGUGUGUCAUGGCGUGCACCGUGCAUUGGUCGACAAAUUUGCGUACGCGAUGGUAUACGGCAAGUCGAGCAAAUUUCCCCUCGCCCAAAAAGUCGGCCUGCAUCAUGUGGUGGCCAAUGAUGACGUAGUGACCAUCUUUACUCGAUAG